AUGAAGGGUGGGGGCUGCAAGGAGAGCUUCGUGGCAUGGGAGUUCUGCAUGCAGGAGGCUGAGAGCAAGAAGGAGGAUCUCGUGGAGAAGUGCUACCAGGUGACGGGGCGUCUCAUGGCAUGCAUGGAACAACAUGCCGACUACUACGAACCGAUUCUGAGGGCCGAGAAGGCCAUGAAGGAGGAGGUGGCCCGAGGGUUGGAGCAAGAUCGAGGCGGCCCAUCAGAGGCCAUUACAGAUUAG